AUGCCUGCCAACCUUCUCACCAAGCUGUUGGGGUCACACCAGUUUCAGCUCCUAUGCGAUAAAUUUGGUUUGGAUGAUGAUGAUGAUGAUGACAACGCCAUUGCGAUUCUCGAGGUGCCCAGGGAUUCGCCCAGUGAAUUCGCGGGAGCUAGAUUGCUGCUGCUGGAUCAAACAGGAAAUGUUCAUAGUAUUUACAAGGAGGAUUCUGUGUGGGUCGGGUCAUACUGGGACGAGUUCUCCUCGCUUCCACCGAUCAUUCCCAGAGGUCCCAUUGCAAUUCUAGGACUGGGCGGUGGUACUGCUGCACGAUUGCUGCUCCACUUGUGGCCGAAGCGAGAAUUGAUAGGCUGGGAAAUUGAUGAGAUCCUAAUUGACAAGGCAAGGGAUUUUCUCGGCUUGUCGGAGUUAGAAGGCAAAAACAAACACGGUGGAGGGCUUACAAUUCACAUCGACGAUGCUCUCUCGGAUGCAAAUGAUCCCAAGGGUGGAUUCGCAGGCAUUGUCGUGGAUUUGUUCUCAAAUGGCGAUGUUCUGCCAGUUCUCAAGGAGGCAGAGACAUGGUUUAAGCUCAGGAAAAGACUGAGACCCGGGGGCCGGAUCAUGAUCAACUGCGUGGAAGAGCAAAGACGUGGACAUGACGAUGAUGAAACUCUACAGUCCACAAUUACGGGCGAGAACCAUGUUCUUUAUGCGAUGUCAAAGGCAUUUCCAGGCGAGCAGGUGAACUGGCGGAAGCUUGAUCAAGUGAAUAACAAGAUGGCUUUCACGGGUCCCCUCCCCAAUCUCACACAGUGGUCUCAGGCUGUUCCCGAGAGGCUGCGAAAAGGGACACUACAGUGGAAGGCUUUCAUCCAGUGAAGAAAAUGCCUCUUUUCACUUUUUCAUUGUUGUUGCUGUCAUAGUUUGCUAAUCGAUCAAUCCAUCUUUGGCUGGACAA